AUGUCCAACUACGACCUCACCCUCUUCGGCGCAACCGGGUACACAGGCAAACUCUGCGCUUCCUUCAUCGCCGAACACUACCCCACAAGCAUCCGCUGGUGUUUGGCAGGACGCUCGGAGGCACGUCUCAGGAGUCUAGCGCGGAGUCUGCAGAGCCGGUUUCCAGAUCGAGUGCAACCGGAAAUCGAAGUCCUGAAUGACUUGGAGGAGAGAAGUGUUGCGCCGCUCAUAGGCAGAACGAAAGUCGUGAUCAAUGGCGUCGGGCCGUUUCAUCGCUUCUCAAGCGGGAUUGUGGGUGCUUGUGCGCGGGUAGGGAGUUGUUAUGUUGAUUUUACGACCGAGACGCUCUGGAUAAAAGAGCUGAUUGAGCGGUUUGAGGAUGUGGCGAGGGAGAGCGGUGCGAUUCUCAUACCGGGUAUCUCGCCAACCGCACCGGCGGAUCUCAUUGCAUGGUUGAUAGCGAAACAGAUCAGAGAACGAUAUUCGACUGGGCCAGAGGAGAUUGUCGCUACGGGGAAACUGGACAUCAAGGCAAUGAGUGCCGGCUCCCUCACGACCGUCCUCGACAGCCUGGAGACAUGGGGACCUGGGUGGUAUAUCUCUGGAAACUCCUGGGUUCUCUCGGAUCCAGCGCAAAAGCCCAAGCCCAAGCCCAAGCCAUCUCUCGUCUCACGACUAUUCGGUUACCGCCAUGUCCCGAUUCUCGGUCCCCUGUCAACAUCCUUCACCGGCCCCGGCAACGCUUCGAUGGUGCACCGCAGCGCAUCUCAAGACCCUGAGCUAUACGGACAGAACUUCCACUAUGAGGAGUACCUCCCUGCGGCUGGCUUGAGAUCCGCAUGCUUAAUCCAUCUAAUCACAAAAGCUGCAAUUCUUCUGAUUUCCAUCCCGCUUGUGAGGUCGAUGCUGAGAUGGUUCGUUGACCCGACUAAGUCUCUUCCGGGUCAGGACGAGUUGAGGCGUCUUGAGAGUGCGGAGUACCGUGCUGUUGGGUUUAUCGCUAAAAAGGGUCAAGACAAAGUCCCAGUGGUGCAGGCGAGCUUUGUCCGACAGGGCGCGCUGUAUGAGUUCACGGCGUUGCUGGCGUGCGUUGGGGCGAAGGUUUUACUUGGUGAGAGAGCUGGGUUGGAGAGAGCUGGGAAGGGUGGGUUCUUUACGCCGUCGUCGUUGGGGAUGGAGUACGUGGAGGGGCUGAGGGAGGCUGGAGUUAAGAUCAGAGGCUAUACACGGAACUCCGGGCUCGGUGGGGACACUGCAUCCAUGCAUGAAACACUGCUUGCCCAGGUGUAUAAAGUCCGCUUGGAUGCUCUUUCAUUCUCCCUCAAUCUAUCUGAAUCAAGCGAUUUGUCUGCCUUCUAUCUCCUCUCACAACUUUCACCCGCUAUGCCCCUCGACAUCUCCUCCGAGAAACUCCUCAUCACCGGUGUCUCCGGCUACAUCGGCUUCAAAACCCUGCUCAUCGCGCUCGGAAGAGGGUACACUGUCCGCGCCCUCGUCCGCAAAGAGAGCCAUGUCCUCGAUCUGCAGAACAAAUCCCCCACCGUCAUCGCACCCGCUCUGAAAUCCAGCCAGCUCGAAUUCGCCGUCGUCCCGGACUUCCUCGCACCAGAUGCGAUAUUCAACGUCCUGCACGGAAUAACAGCAGUAAUCCAUCUCGCGAGCCCGCUAGCCGUCCAGACAACGAACUACGACGACGAUAUCAUUCAGCCCGCGAUCUCCAUGGUCACGACGUUCCUGGAAGCCGCCACGAGAGUCCCCAGUGUGAAACGGGUGGUCAUUACGUCGUCGUGCGUGACGCUCAUCCCGUUCGAGUGGAAUAUGCAUCCUGAUACGGAGCGGGUUUAUACACCAAACGACCUAAACCCAGCCCUGGACACCACCCCAUCAUCCCCCAUGGAAGCCUACUGGCUCAGCAAGGGUCUAGCGCGACGCGCAACGCACGACUUUGUUACAAAGAACAAGCCGCACUUCGACGUCGUAAAUCUCCUCGCAGGCGUCGUAGUCGGGCCAGACGACCGGUUGCUCCCGUCGAGUUCCAACGAACAGCCUGCAUCUGCGCUCCUCGACGGAACGCGCGCGUCUGUGCUUGCGCCCGCUCUGACAACCGAUCUCUCCUCGCCGUUCCCGUACGUCGCGGUGCCGGUGCAUGUUGGCGAUGUGGCGAGGGCGCAUGUUGACGCGGUGGACUGUGGCAAGGUGCGGGGGGGUAGCGAGUUUAUUCUUGCGAGUGAUACGGAUAACCAGGCGGGGAAGGAGGUCGAGUGGGAUCGGGAUGUGAGGGGUGUUGCGAGGAGGUACUUUGGCAGGGAGGUUGAGAGGGGUGUUUUGCCGUGUCGGGGGAGUCUGGAGACUAUCAGGUGGAGGCUGGAUGCGAGGGAGACGGAGAGAGUGUUUGGGUGGAGGCUUACGGGGUUUGAGGAGACGGUGAGGCAGUUGAUUGCGCAGUAUUUGGAGUUGAGGGGGCUUGAGGAGUAG